AUGAAGGUUGCAUUUUACAGCUCAAAGAAGGUAAGCCCCGCUUCUUUUUUGUUAGCGACUCUGUUCAUUGACUCGACUUCUCACCGCCUCGGUUUGGCCCCCUCCACGCAGUACGACAUCGACUCAUUCGGCGAUGCAAACAGCAACACCGGUAUUGAGUUAAACUUUUUGGAAAGCCGGCUCGAAAAGUCCACUGUUCCACUGGCCGCCGGCCAUGAUGCGGUCUGCAUAUUUGUCAACGACUAUUGCGACGCAGACGUAUUGGAAGGGUUGGCAAAUCUAGGAGUGAAAUGUGUUGCUCUCCGCUGUGCAGGGUUCAAUAAUGUUGACUUGCAAGCUGCUGAGCGUCUUGGGAUAGAGAUCUCCCGGGUUCCUGCAUACUCCCCUGAAGCGGUUGCCGAGUUUGCCGUUGGGAUGAUCAUGACUGUUGUGCGUAAAUACCACAAAGCAUACAAUCGGGUCCGUGAGGGAAACUUCCUUUUGGAUGGACUCCUCGGUUUCAAUCUCUUCCAGAAAACAAUUGGUAUAAUUGGCACAGGAAAGAUCGGACUGCUCACCGGAAAAAUCCUCGCAAAAGGCUUUGGGUGCAAUGUUAUUGCAUACGACCUCUACCCUGGUAAACAGGCCGACGAGUAUGGAAUCCGCUACGUCAAUACGCUGGAAGAGCUCCUGAGACAAUCCGACAUUAUUAGUCUACACUGCCCUCUUACCGCUGGCACAAAGUAUAUGAUCAACAGUACCACAAUUGGACAGACGAAAAGGGGUGUAAUUUUGAUCAACACCUCUCGUGGCGAAUUGAUUGAUACCGCUGCCCUCAUCAACGCCUUGAAGUCGGGUCAUCUCGGAGCAGUUGGCCUAGACGUCUACGAAAAAGAGUCCGCCUACUUUUUCGCGGACUCGAGCGCUAAAAUUAUCUAUGAUGACAAUUUCGCUCGUCUGCUUUCUUUCUACAAUGUGUUUGUCAGUGGGCACCAGGCUUUCCUAACGGUGGAAGCCUUAAAGAAUAUCGCCGACACAACUCUCCAAAAUCUUCAGGACCGUGCUAACGGCAAAAAGUCUCCCAACCUUGUGGAGAGAAAGUAA